AUGGUUUACAUUCGACAGGAUAAGCUGCCCAAGCUCAAAGAGUACAAGUACUCUGGUGUUGAUCACAGCCUUGUAUCGCAAUAUGUGUUAAAGCCCUUUUACACUAAUGUGGUCAUCAAAUGUUUUCCCAUGUGGAUGGCGCCAAACCUCAUUACGCUAUCUGGGUUUGGAUUCGUUGUUGCCAACUUUCUCACUAUGCUCUGGUACACGCCAACGCUAGAUCAAGACUGCCCGCCGUGGGUGUACUUUAGCUGGGCCAUUGGUCUUUUCCUCUACCAAACGUUUGAUGCUGUUGACGGCAGCCAAGCUCGAAGAACUCGUCAGAGCGGACCCCUCGGCGAAUUGUUUGACCAUGGAGUUGACGCAAUCAACACGACGUUGGAAGUGCUGCUGUUUUCUGCCACGAUGAGCUUGGGGCAGGGGUGGAAGACUGUUCUUAAUCUUUUCGCUUCAUCCAUGACAUUCUAUGUCCAGACUUGGGAUGAGUACCACACGCAUACCCUGACUCUGGGCAUUGUCUCUGGGCCAGUCGAGGGCAUCCUCAUACUGUGCGUUGUGUACGCCUUGACAGGCGUCCUUGGUGGAGGCAGCUUCUGGCAGCGUUCCAUGCUCGAAAGUCUCGGUAUUGGGCACCAUGAAUUCAUCCCAGAAUUUAUCUACAAGCUGGCAUGGAACGAAUGGUACAUGGUUCAGGGAGGUGUUGUGCUUGUUUUCAACACUAUAUCAAGUGCCCUGAAUGUCAUGAAAGCGCGCCGCGCCCGGGGCCAAAGGACGCGUGUUGCCCUCCUUGGGCUCCUCACCUUUGCCGCAGCCUGGGUUUUGAUCCCGGCCUACUUGUACCUGCAACCCGUCAUUCUGCACCACCACCUGGUACCUUUUGUCUUCUACGCUGGCCUCAUCAACGCCUACUCCGUGGGUCGCAUGAUCAUCUCCCAUCUUACCAAAUCGCGUUUCCCAAGGGGCAACGUACUCAUCUAUCCUCUUAUCUAUGGAGUCGCCGACUCUCUCGGACCGUUCCUACAGGAGCGUGUUGGCUUCGGCUGGCCGAGUGCCCUGGGCAACGAUGUUUACCAAGUCGCGUUCGUUUUCAUGUGCCUGGGACUCGCUGUGGGCGUGCAUGGAAGCUUCAUUGUCGACGUUAUCUGGACAAUAUGCGAUUAUCUGGACAUCUGGUGUCUUACCAUCAAGUACCCUUACCAGCCAGUCAAGGAGAAUGAGGAGAGGAAGAGCCAAUAA